GCCGCGCCGGGCGCAGGGGGGGAGAGAGGGUGGGAGGGAGAAAGGCAGGGAAGAAAGGAAGGAGGCAGGGACAGAGGGACCCCACGGCGCCGCUCGGAGCCCGGCCCGACCCCGGGAACACGACAAGUGCCUGGCACGGGAUAAAGUUAUCCCGGAAUAAGGCUGCACGCAUGUGCGUCACCCCGGAUGUGAACAUGCCGGCCCGGCUCCCCGCUAGCUCACUCCGCCUGGCUCCAGCGGAUGGGCUGAGCCGAGCCGUGCCGAGCCGAGCCGUGCCGAGCCGUGCCCGCGGCCCUGCAGCCCGGUAGGGGCUGGGGGAGGCCGGGCCCCCCGGCGCCCUCGAGGGCCGAGGUGCGAGAGCCCCUCCCGGCGGGGCAGGGGCAGGUGCGCAGCCCGGGGCGAGCGGCGGGCGGGCCCCCGGGAGCGAUGGAUUUUCGGGGGAAGAAGUACGAGCGCGGCAGUAACUGGUCGGACCCCGAGGUGGUGGAGCUGCUGCAGCUCUGGGCCGACGAGUCGGUGCAGAUAGAGCUGGAGAGCUGCUUGCGCAACCAGCACGUCUUCAACCGCAUCGCCGAGGUGCUGCGGGAGAAGGGCAUCCACCGGACGGGCGACCAGUGCCGGGAGAAGAUCAAGAAGAUGAAGCUGGAGUACCGGCGGAUCAAGGACAAUAGCAAGGCUCCACGGGGCGGGCGGACGUGGAAGUUCUACGAGGUGAUGGACCGGGUGCUGACCAGCCGGCCGGCCCUGGCCUAUGGGUCUCUGAGCGGCAGCAUGAUGGCUCAGCAGGUGCUGCAGGGCAGCAUGGUGGAGAGCUACCACCAUCAGUUUGGCUCCUCAGCCUUGCCCUUUGGACACUCUCAGCACCCUGAACUGAUGGAAAUCAAAUGUUUCAGUGAGCCCAACAUGGCAAACUCAUCACGGAUCCAGAAUGUUGUUCACCGGCCUGGCUUCUCUGCCUUGCACCGGCUGAGAAAAAAGCGGAAAGGCCAGCGCAUGAGGGACCCGCUUGAUGAUCUCUUGCUGAAGACUCUGACAUCUCAGCGGGCCAUGGAAGAGCGCUUUUUGCAGAUGGAAGAACGCCGAUUUCAGCGAGAUCUGGAUGUGGAGGAGCGUCGAAUGCAACUGGAGCAGCGACGGUUUGAACUGGAGCGGGAGCAUGAGUUUCGCAUGUUCAAUGUCUUUGCCCAAAUGCUCAGCAUCCUAAAGCAGAGCCAUAGCAGCUCCUCCUCCUCCUCUGUUGUCAUGCCUCGGAGCUUGGACUUCAGCCAGGCACUGUCUGAAAUGGAGGGAAUGGGAGGAGGAGGGGGCAACCUGCAAGAGAUGCGAGUUCGUCCACUUACCAAGAGGAAGGUUGACAUGCAUGGCUUCUGUAACCCCAGCGGCUUCCAGAGAAGCCCCUAUCUCUCUGCUCGUGGCAACUUUGCCAACAUGUUUCAGGGCUCCACUGAGGAAGGGUACAAAGCUUAUCAUGCUGACAAAUAUGAUGAAGACAAGAACCCCAAUGGUAUAAUAAACUUUGGCACCAGUGAGAAUAAACUCUGCUUUGACCUGAUGUCUAAGCGGCUGACGCAGACUGAUAUGGAUCUGAUGGAACCUUCACUGCUUCAGUAUCCUGACUGGAAAGGACAUCUGUUUUUACGUGAGGAAGUGGCUCGAUUUUUGACCUAUUAUUGCAAGGCCCCUGCACCUCUUAAAGCAGAGAAUGUGAUUGUUUUAAAUGGCUGUGGCUCUUUAUUUUCUGCAUUAGCUACAGUCCUUUGUGAUCCAGGGGAAGCUGUUCUGAUUGCUACUCCCUUUUACGGUGGUAUUACCCAGAGUAUCUUCCUCUAUGGUAAUGUCAAGCUGGUGUAUGUCUGUUUAGACAGUAAGAUUACUGGAACAAACACUCGGCCUUUCCAGCUUACAGUGGAAAAACUGGAAAAAGCUUUGCAGGACGCCCAGGCAGAGGGUGUCACUGUAAGGGCCUUAAUUCUUCUGAAUCCCCAAAAUCCCCUUGGGGACAUUUACUCAUUGUCAGAGCUACGAGAUUACCUGGAAUUUGCGAAAAGACAUGAAUUGCAUGUGAUAGUAGAUGAGAUCUACAUGCUGUCAGUUUUUGAUGAAUCAGCCACGUUUCACAGUGUCCUAAGCAUGGACAGAUUGCCUGAUCCACAGCGGACUCAUGUGAUGUGGGGAAUAACCAAGGAUUUUGCUGUUUCUGGGAUUCGUUUUGGUACUUUAUAUACAGAGAACCAAGACGUUGCUAAUGCAGUGGCUUCUUUGUGUUAUUUCCAUGGGGUUUGUGGACCUGUCCAGCACAAGGUUGCACAGCUGCUUAAAGACAGAGACUGGAUCAACCAGGUGUACCUGAGGGCCAACCAUGCCCGCCUAAAAGCUGCCCAUACGUAUGUGACAGAUGAGCUGAAGACACUUGGGGUUCCUUUUCUCAACCGCAACGCAGGCUUCUUUGUUUGGAUUGAUUUCCGAAAGUACCUUAAGACAGGCACAUUUGAGGAGGAGUUGCUACUCUGGAAGCGUUUUCUGGAUAAUAAGGUCCUCCUGUCCUGCGGAAAAGCCUUUGAAUGCAGUGAACCUGGAUGGUUCCGCAUCAUCUUUGCUGACAAAACCCACCGGCUACAGUUAGGUAUGCAACGGAUACGCAAGGUUUUGGAAGAGCGGGAGCAGGAGAUACUGGCAGAGGAGAAGGAGCAGCCCUGUCAGUCAGAUCAGGAUGGCAAAGCAGAUAGCACAGAUGAAGUAAUUUUUGUAUCCCGCCACCAGGAGCCUACCUGUGCUAACAGCACCAGCCUUGGUGACCUCAUUGGCCUCCUGCAGCAGCAGAUGCGUUCUUCUGACUGGCUACAGAAAAACACAGCUGAGCAGUUUGCACAGGAGAAGCCAGAGAUCUAUGAUGUGUUCAGCAAACUGGUGGGGAAGCAGUAAUGGUCUGUGUUCCUUCAGAGACGUUCCUGAGCAGUGACUGACCCUUACAGCUCAUAAGUGACUUCCAGCAAAUAAUAUAUUUUCUGUAUAGCAAGAAAAUUACUUUGUAAGCCCCCUCCUCUUCCCCCAUUUGAGAUCUCUAAUUUGUACUAUAUAGGUGUAUUCCUUGGAUUGGGGUGAGGGUAGGGAAUGGGGGGGGGGUCUUGUUUUCCUGCUGCUCCCUGUCCUGCAGCAUCAUUGUAUUUUGUAUUUCAUUUCUAAUGAAUAUGUUCUUAACUCUCUUACAAGGUCCUGU